AUGCCGUCCGAUCUCAGCGUCUGGCUCAUCGCUGUGCCAAAUGAUGGUGAUGCGGAAAACUUGUUGCCCAAUUUGAGACAGAAACUCGAGUACGCGCGUGCACUCCCACGUACAAGCAUUAGCGACUUGGCCGUGCCGCAGCUCAAGGCAGGAACUCUGGACGAUCUCUUGACCAUCUCAGAGGAACUGCCAAAGAUUGACGGAUUCUUCACUUCUGCGGUGGCAAAGAUUGUAGAGACGUUGAGAAAUCUAUUGAACAAUGAUCCUACGCGUUUGGAGCAGCACACUCUCGUCAACGAACAACUAUGCGACGAUUACAUCUUGAAAGGGUGGCGAUGGAACACUGGCAAAUACGGCAUCAAUCGAAGUCUCAAGGACAUUGAGAUGACCUCGAUCGACGGCGUCAUGAAGGCAAAGUUGAACAGCUACAAUCUCGCCAAGGGACAACUUGUGCAGAUGCAGCGCAAACGAACAGGCAAUCUUUCCGUCCGGACACUCAACGACGUAGUGAAACGGGAUGAUUUCGUGGUCGAUUCGGAAUAUCUUGAGACACUGCUAGUGGCAGUUCCAAAGAUGCAAACCAAGGAUUGGGAGCAAAAGUAUGAACGACUGGCCUCCAUGGUUGUUCCUCGCUCGUCAUCGAAGAUUGCCGCCGACGAUGACUUUGCUCUCUACUCCGUGACAAUAUUCAAGAGAGUGCAUGACGAGUUUGCACAAAAGUUGAGAGAAAACAAAUACAUCCUGCGCGACUUUACAUUCGAUGAAGAGGCGCUCGAGAAGCAGCAAAAGGAGCUAGCGUCGUCGGAAGUGUCCGAAAAGGAACUCUGGAAAGAGCUCUUGACGCUAUCCAGAACAAACUUUUCAGAAGCCUUCCAAGCGUUUGUUCAUCUCAAAGUUGUCCGACUCUUUGUCGAGAGUGUCCUUCGAUAUGGUCCUCCAGCCGACUUUGUUGGACUUGCCAUCAUCCCAGACGCCAAAGCGUCAAAGAAGCUGGUCUCAAAUCUUUCAUCUCACUUUUCCUAUCUCGCUCCACGUUCCAAGGGAUCCAAGGCCAAGGGUGGUAGUGGAGGCGCGGACACUGCAGAGUUUGGAGGCGAGUACGCGGCUCUGAUGGAGGAAGAGAUAUUCGACUUUGUGUUUGUCGAGGUACCGAGGGUUGUAAACUAG